UGAUCAGCUGUUCUUGGCAAUCAUUAAGCUUUUUGUAGCUACUGGCUAGCUUGCUGGGCUGAUCAUUUCCUUGCGGAUCUAUCUGUCCAUGGAGGACGUGUGGUGCAGCCUGGAGGAGGAGAUCGCCGCCGGCAUCCAGGACCACCAGCCGCCGCCGCCCGACCUCCAUGACCCCAGCUUCUGGCCGGCUUUCGCCGAGUGCGCCGCGAGUUUCAUCGCCGGCGGCGACGGGGACAAUGCGUGCUUCGCCGGCGUCGCGGACGUCGACCUUAUGGGCGAUGACUGCAGGGCGGUGGCCAUGGACGACGACGGCGACGGUGGCUUCUUCGUGGGAGAGGCGGCCGAGCACCUGAUGCUGACGUCGUCGCCGUCGUCGCUCUCGUCGUCCAGGCGCUCCCUCUCCAUCGACAGCGCCGGCUCCAUGUCCUCCUUCUCGCUCGACGCCGCCGCGGCGCUGUCGGCCGUCGUCCCGCAGUACCAGCUGGCGCCGCCCGGCCUGUUCGCGCCCGCCCCCGCCGACGACCACGACGACGCCAUCAUGCGCGCCAUGAUGGCCGUCAUCUCCUCCGCCUCGGCGUCCCCCUCCUCCUCGGGCGGCUCCGCCUCCUCGCCGACGCCGUUCAGCCGGGACAGCGCGCCGCCGCAGCCAGCCAUGGCGCCACAGCCGCACCAGCAGACGCCGCGCGCGGGGAGCAGCGCCGGCCACGUGGUGGUCAAGAGCAGCACCAGCAGCUGCAGCAGCAGCAUCCUCGCCGUGCCGCCGGAGAAGGCUGGCGGCCGGGGACAGCAGCCGCAGCCGGAGGAGGCGAGGGCGGCGGCCGGCAACAACAGCCAGCUCUACCACAUGAUGUCGGAGAGGAAGAGGAGGGAGAAGCUCAACGACAGCUUCCACACCCUCAGAUCACUCCUCCCACCAUGCUCCAAGAAGGACAAGACGACGGUGCUGAUCAACGCGGCGAAGUACCUGAAGACGCUGGAGGCGGAGAUCACGGGGCUGGAGGGGAAGAACAGCAAGCUGGAGCAGCACAUCGACGGCGGCGGCGGGCUGGACGCCGCGAUGAGGGCUCGCCGGGCGCAGCAGCGGGCCAAGGUGCAGAUCAGCAAGGAGGAUUCGCCGGAGCAGCAGCUGGUUAACCUGACGGUGAUGGUGAUGGUGGAGUGCGACGUGGUGGAGCUGGUGCUCCACAUCCUCGGCUGCCUCAGGUGGAUGAAGCACGUCAGCGUCCUCUCCGUCGACGCCGACACCUACUCGCCGCAGCUCCUCCUCAAGGCCAUCGCCAGCAUCAAGCUCCACAUCAUGGGAGGAGAUUGGAACGAGGCGUCGUUCCACGAGGCGAUGACGAAGGCGGCGAACGACGCGACCCUUUCCUGCGCCCCUCACCGGCUCGCGCUCACAGCGUAGCCAGCGGCGGCGGCGGCGGCGGUCACCACCGGCCGGUUCAUCUCGUCCUCUCUCUCUCGCGCGCGCGCAGCCAUUGUUGAACGUUGAAGCAGUAAAAAAAACAGUGUGUGUACGUACACGUACGCCGGACGGACGGAUGGACGACGGUGACACGAUCUGACCGAGGAUGAAGAUGAUCGAGAGGACACACUCUGCAAGCAAAGAGGAAAGGAGAAUUAGUUUUAAGGUUUGGGGUUUUGGUUAAUUAUUCAGUGCUAGCUAAGCUAGAUUAGAAGUAGUUGUACAUGCAGUGGACCAGUCGUGCCCUAGUGCAGCCACAAGCUAGGUUGCCGGUGACGGCGCUUCAUUUGCUACCUAUAUAUUCCAAACAAACCAACUUCUGGGGAUUUACCUGAACACCUCGGUGUUCAGGUUUAGUAUUAGAAGUUGGUUUUUUGAAUGAGGUGUACUCGUCUAGUUGACUAUUUAGGGUUACUGCGCAUAUAUACGGAGAGCUGUUAUUGUUGUGUGAUGGUUUGGCGUGCAGAACUAUAUGGAUAUUGGUAGUUACGUGAGAGGUUCAUGUACAUAUGUAAAUAUGAAGGGAAACGGAUUUUGAAAUCAUGAGCGGAUAUCCACUUGUCCCUUGUAAAUAGUUAUAGUGAUAAAUUAAUAUAUAUAGGG